AUGUCACAGGGCAUUCGAAAGUUGACAGACGAUGUUGCGAAGUCCCUGAAAUCCAGCGCUUCGAUUGAUUGCAUAACAACAGCCUUGCGUCUACUUUUGCAAAAUAGCAUCGAUGCUGGUGCGUCUCACAUCACAGUAUUUCUUGACCUGCCAAACAGGGUGUUCACAGUGGCAGACAAUGGCCUAGGGAUGACUCGUCGAGACUUAACUUGUUUUGGCCAGCAAAAUUAUACCUCAAAACUCACUGAUGUCCAGGAUGUGGAUCAUUUGAAGACCUACGGGUUCAAAGGUUGCAGCAUCUUUGAAAUUUCGAAUGUUGCCAAGAUCAGAGUUAUUUCAAAACAUGAAAGCGCAUCGAGUGGGUGGAUGAAGGAGCUUGGGGGCAGGUCUGAGGACAUCAACAACCCUAUAACUGAGAUUGAAAAACUCGAAAAAGGGACUGUUGUGACUGUGGAUGAUUUCUUCCACAACUUGCCUGUGCGCUUAGAAAGUCUCGAAAGGCCCACGUCUGGGGAACUCCUGGAUCGGGUUCGAUUUGAUAUUUUUGAAAUCCUUGUCGUGCAUCCUGAAGUUGAAAUAUGCAUCAACACUGAGGGCGCUUGUGCAGGACAUUCCAAGUUUCUGGAGACUCGAGGAAUCAAAAGAUCACUUCCAGAGACCGAGAAGCUGCUUUUAUGUUUACAAGAUGUGUUCGGCUUAGAGGGUGAAAAUAGUACCUUAAAACCAGUGCACGCCCAGUUCACGGACUACGUUGUUGACGGAUUGAUUUCCGAAGUACCGACAUUCCAUAUAAAGAUUCAACUCCUAUACGUGAAUGGAUUAAAAUGUGAAGAUUCUGCGUUACUGAGGCCGAUUUCCAGGGCUUUUAGAAAUGCGCGGAACUGCUGGAAUCAGACUCACGGACGCAGCGGCUAUGAAAUGCAUGUCCUUAAAAUUUCGAUGCCCAGAUGUAAAGCUAAAAUUUUGGGUGGCGAGCGUUCGCUCGGUCUGGGGACAAAACAGUAUCAAAUAAUCCAUGCUUUAAUUUUCAAGAUAAUAGAGUCAGUUUUCAAUGUUAAACUGAAUCAGUAUACUGCAAUUGCUCAUAGACCAUCAAAGUUUAAUACGAGCUGUACAGCAUGGAAAAGCUCAAACUACAGUUUGCGUUCAGCCUCGGGGUUUGAAGAAGGAAAAAUUCCUGCACUGAAGAAACCAAAACCGGAGCCGCCAGAGCAUAGUAGGAAUCUCAAAUCCACAAGCACAGACAUAGAUUUCAAAAAACUUAUCCAAAACGCAGGAUGUCGAGGAAGCUCAGAGGCGUCUCAAGAGCCAAUUAUGUCACCUUUUUCGACUCUUCAGGAGCACUUUGUCGACAGGUCACUAUUCAAAAGGUUUCGCGUUGUUAAUCAAGUGGAUAAGAAAUUUGUACUUUUGAAGUCCUAUGGUUCAAAUCCCGAUAUAUUAUCACUUGUAUUACUAGAUCAGCAUGCUGCAGAUGAAAGGAUUAAGUACGAGUCAUUGCUUAAUGGUUUUAUUUGGGGUAUGUUAACAUCGCCUCACCUUCAUAUUCGCAAGGCGCAUAUAGAGGUGGACCUAUCGCCCAAGGAAUACCAUAUUUUCCAACAAUGCAAAAACGAGCUGCAUCAAUGGGGUAUAUUGUUCGAAGGAAAACCUGUUGCGAAACCACGUCACUUAGUAAAGCUUACCGCUCUACCCGACCCUCUCCAACAUAGAAGCAUAGAAGCUUUAAAAAAUGGAAUUAUACAACACGCAUGCGACUUGAGACAUCUGAGAAAAAACCACUUUCGAAGUCAAUCAACUCAAAAACUUGAAUCAGGUGCCGCCCAAAACUUUGCAUGGUGGAAUUACUUAAAUUCUAUACCAACUAUGAUUACUGACUCGCUGAAGUCCAAGGCUUGCCGUUCAGCCAUAAUGUUCGGAGACUAUCUGUCUCCUCAAGAGACUACACUUUUAGUCGAAAUGCUAGGAAAAUGUCGAAACCCUUUUUAUUGCGCCCACGGCAGACCUUCCCUGGUUCCAAUAUUCACACAUAAUGGAUGUUCGCACACAAAUUUUACUGAAGUGCCGGCUUUUACAGAUUAUAGGCUGACAUAA